CGCGUAUAGUGUUUGAGCCGUGUUGUCAGUCUACAGUUGGACUCGUCAAGUAGGCAACCGAACCGUUUUAGGCGUUUAUAUCGCAGGUUUUUUACUGCCCAACGCCUAGACUUACACAAGAACUAACAACAAAAACAUUAAGUUUAUGGAACGAGAACAAGUAGUGUGAAAGUGUAUUUAGUUCUAGUUUAGCGGUUUAUAUGUGUGCGUGUCACUACUGAAACGGUCGAUAAAGUUGAUGGACGUUCUGUGCUAUUUGUGAAUUCCUUACAUACUUCUAUUAGUACUUGUGACAAUGCCUUCUAACAAGAAGUUGAUGUCGAAAAUGCGACAAAUAGCACAAUGGAUUUUGGUGGCGCAUGUGGUUGAAUUCUUAGAGGCUUAUUGUACACCACGCGACACAGCCAGACGAUCACCGCAGCGUAGUCGCCGGUCAAGGGAGCCUAGACGCUCACCCGACACAUCCAGAUGGCGUUACGAAUCGCGUCGUCACAAUUACGACGUUGACUCAAGACGACCAUACGAAUACGAAUCAAGAAGAUAUUUCGGUAGAGAAUACGACGCAGAUUCUGGAAGACGACCCGCUUUUGACGCGGAAUCAGCUCGUCGAAGAGCAGAUUACGAGUCGGCAAGACGGACUGAUUUCGACUUGUCAGCUCCUGAAGUUUCUAGACGUAGUCCCGAAAGUGCACCUGAAGGUUCGGCCGAUUCUCCGCCCGAACCUGCGCCUUCCGCGCCACUGCGCCAAGAGAGACAGUCCAGACAUCGGGCUCAACCAUAUUACGAAUCUGAAUCGAGUUCAGAAGACAGAUCAUCAUCAACUGAAAUCGAAGAGGACGAGUUUGGUGAAUUCGAUCCAUUUGCAACUGCACCAUCCUUGCAUUCGCCAGACAGUGGUCGGUCUGAUCCACGAUACGCAAACGCCCCUAGAAGAAAUCCUAGCCCAUAUUAUUACGGCGAUUUGUUCAAAACUGCCCCGCCACCACCUGCUCCUACAGCGCCGACUGUUUCAUCGACGUCUUCGUCUCGUGGCCCACGGUAUAGAAAGUCAGCCAGUCUUGACGCUCCCCACGUUGCUCAAAGACCAAAUCUGCCUAAAAGAUUUUCAGUGGCAGAAGAUGGAUUCCGUGAGCUAGAACGAUCAUCAUCAUCGUCCGGCGAGAGCGCGUGGAUGCCGCCAAGGCGUCGCGGGCGCGACGCGGCCGGCUGCGUGUGCGCCGCGCCCGAAGAUGUAGAGGAGCAUAGAUCUUCUCGUAGCGUAUUUUACGUGCCGGCGCCAUUGCCACGCUGGCCACAAGAAAUGACCACACGACAGAUUUACGAAACGGCCUUUGACUGUAAAAUAGCACGGUCUGAUGAUGACUUAGAUGAUUUCGACCGCGUUAGUAAUCAUCCAGCGCUCUUGCAAGCUGAGGAACGCAAGGUUAUAUCAUCUGCCUCAUCUGCAUUUGAAGCUGUAGAACGUAGUGAACCAGAUUAUAAAGGUCGCCGUAAGGUGACUAUGAAAACUGAUAGUGUUCGUCGUUCAAAGAUUCCUACUAUUCGCCAAAAGAGAGAAAAUGAGAGUAACGCAUCAGCACUCUCGGAGGAGAUGGAGAAAGUGCACAUUGAAGAUGAAGAUCGUACAUCAACAUCUCAACUGCCGUUACGCGGUUAUACUCCUUCUCCACCAUCUACAGCGCCGUUACCUACAAAAUUUCAACAAAAAGACGGAUCUGCAAUGAAUAGUAUCAAAAGUGCUCCAAAUUUGCCUCAAACCCAGCCAUCACAUCCCCGCCUAAAAGAUUUAAGACUGCCGGUAAAAUCUCUACGGGCUAGGGACACGCCAACCAGUAGUGACGCUAGUAUGACUGACGUUAAAGCUUCUGUAUCUACAGAACUUGACGUUGGACAACGUUUGAGGGAUUCCAGUCGCGAGUCUCGUGAUGGUGAUGAUGAAAGGGUGCAAUCAAAAGACGGUAUUUUUUUAGAGAUUAAGGGUCGACCCACUUCCGAUUCUGAUACACCCGAAAUGAAUCGGUACAAGGGGCCUAAGGGGGUCGGCCCUAUAAUGGAGUUUAAAGGCAGGCCCGGAGUAGCUCGUCCACGUCGAAAGUAUUCAAGCACCGAGAGCAUGGCAACAAGCAGUAGUGGAGGCAGCAUGGAGUCACUAAGGAGCAGCAACAGUGAAGGAGACAGGAGUAGUAGUAGUUCUGAAAGUCGACACUCAUCAUCCUUAAGUUCACAUAGCUCUGAUUCCGGAAACGUACCAUUUAUUAAAUCACAUCAUAUGCAGCUUUCGGGGUUUGGACAUCAUCCGAAUAAACUACACAUUUUAAGUCCUAUAUCAGACAAAUCUUCCCAGGAGCCAGCAUCAGAAACAUCUGAUAACAAUAAAAAUAAUAACUCACAAAAAGUAUCUCCCGAAGAUGGUGAUAUGGGUAACACGACAAUACAAACUACUGUUGAAAUUUUACCUAAGCCGAAAAGGCGGGCUUUACAAAACAGAAAUUUGUUAAAUCUGACGUUUAGGCAUUCAACUCCCGGUGACACAGAAAUACAAGGUUCCGACAGUGGUAUAUCAAUUCAUUCGAGAGAAGGUGUAGAUUCACGGAAUGCAUUUAUAAAUUUCAAAAACAGCAACACAGAAGAAGAACGUAAAGAUGAUGCUGUUGAUCUUUCUGACCUUCCGUUUGACAUGCCAAAAUUACGAAGACGUCGAGCUGAAGCCGAAGUUGACCUUCGCACUUUGCCGUUUGAUAUGCCUAAAUUGAGACGUAAAUUACGUGGACAAUCGUUGCAACUGAACAAUGAUUUUGGAGAGGCUAUAUCUAACGCUUCUUCGAGUCAAAGCGUUCAAGAUUUAAACCAAGGAAAAAAACAUCGUGAGAAAUUGACUUUGAAUUUUGAAAGUGGCACUGGUAGCUCCGGUAGUGCGAAAGGAUUACAUUUGAACUUAGGACCUAUAGCGCCGCCACGGGACCUGGUUGAUGCUACUCUUCCACUAGACCGACAAGGGUGGUAUCAUGGAACGUUAUCGCGUUUGGAAGCUGAGGGAUUACUAAGAGAUGCCGAUGAGGGAGCAUUCUUAGUAAGAAAUAGCGAGUCCGCUAAACACGACUACUCGCUUAGCUUGAAAUCCACCCGUGGCUUUAUGCACAUGCGGAUAUGUCGCGGGGGUGACGGUUACACUUUGGGAGGGGCUGCUACCGCCUUCCCCAACGUACCCGCUCUAAUGAGACACUACGUCACGGCUCAAAGGCUUCCAGUUAGAGGUGCUGAACACAUGGCUCUAUCGACUCCACUGCCAGCUGUUAUGCUUUGAAAUCUUUGGGAAACAUUGAUUGGAAUUAAUCAAAGAACCCGAUGUAUGGCGUUCUUUCAGCUUCUUUGAUGAUUCGUUCGCUUUGUAGGAGCUUGGACGGUACAAGUAUACAUUUCGUAGCACUCAGUUAACGGUUCAGUGAGGAACUUCAAGCUGUACGAAAGGCCACGUGUAUAUAAAUAAGACGCAAUAAACUUUGAGUUUUGUGUCAAAUUACGUUUUUAAUACUUAAGCGUAAAAUAUAGCAGCAGUUAUUUAUUAUAUGUGAAUAGUUUUAGUAACCAGUGAAUAAUACCAAAGAGGACAUACGUACAUAGAAAUGUUUUUUUCUAUGGGGCUUGCAAAAUGUUUGUUCGCUCGGAACGUUGUCAUAAUACGACGGCGGUGUUUACCGUUAAGAGCUAGUGCUUAUAUUAUUACGAAAGCCUCAACAGCAUUAAAAAUAUGAGCAUAUUAUAUUUUAUUUAUUAUAAAAUAUAUUUUUUUUUUUAAACAAUAAGAUAUUUAAUCCAAUACAAUGGACCAUUUAAAAAUAGCUCGAGACUUUAAUAAAUAAUUAAGCGCUUGCUUUACACUUAUGCUAGUCCCAACACCGCAGCAACCUGUAUUGAUAUUUAAAUUAUUAUGUAUGUAAUUAUUAAUGUGAGUUCCACGGUAACAUUAGAUUUAAUUUAAAUUUGUAUAAGUAAUUUUAUUUACUCUAAACUUAUAACACAUUAUAAACCAAUUAGUUUUGUUAAGAAAAUAUACAAUAUAUAUCACUAGUACGUCAUAUUCAGUAUAUGAUGAAAUAUGGCCAAGGUCAUAAUAGCCAAGUAUAUGUCACGAAGGCCACUUAAACGAUAUUUAAUAAUAAUAAUAAUUUAAAAAGGUUUCGUUUUAAUUUUUUAGCUAUCUUAGCAGCUACAUGUAUAAAGGCCUAAAAGCAAAAUGCUUAACUUAAUAUUAUUAUUUUUCUUCUAACACUUAGAUAAAGGCAAGUAUAUGUUAUGCUUUUGUAUAUGCCGUUUAAAAAUAAUUAUGGAUCCAUAGAUUAAAAUGAGGUCAAAUAUAAUAAUAAAACGACUGUCUUUUAUUAAAUAGAACAAUUUGUGAGUGAACACUGUUAUCACACAAUACAAUCUACAAUUUAUUAUGGACCUUAUUUCUAUAAUUAGAAGGUUGGUUUUUGCUUAUAAAUAACAUAGUGACUCAUCGACUCAUAGUCACGAAAAUCGUAUCGAUUUGAAAAGGAACAAACUGGUACACGAAAUGUGACACUCCUACAAGGCGGUCACUCUAUUCACGUAUUUUCUAUAUUUAGCAAUAGUUAUAAGAUCAAUAAAUUUUGCACCGUAGCAUAAAACAAUAGAUUUUCAUCAAUUUGAGCUUUAGUAAGUAAGUACAGAGUACAAUCACUGUUAUGAUAAAUAUCUUCAAUAUGUAAUUUAAUAAAAGUCCAUAUGUUUACGAUAAGGGACGUUUAGAAGUACUCAUUAGAUAAAUAGAAAGACCAUUUUGAUACGGCUUUCAUACUGUAUUUAUAUGAAAAAGCGUAGCAAACAUUUCAAUUUUACUGUAGGUAACUCGAUCCCGAUGUUAUAUGGCACGGCAUAUAAUUAAGAUCAUAGAGAAGAAUGCACAUGUUAUGUAACAUUCACAUUGACUUAUUUAUAUUUUUUGUUAUAUUAGAAUUAAGUAGGUUUGUAAAGUGUUUAUGGGCCCCUGGUAUUUAUAAUCCAUAGAUAAGUUUUUUUUUUUUUUUUUUUCAUUUAAAACUGUCGCUUUAUUCUAAAGUGUUUUCAACGAGCGACGUUUUCAAGAACAUUUAAAAUUCAAGUGAUAUGUUUAAAAUAUGAAGUACGUUUCAUAAAGGCUUUAUUCAGGAAUAACAUUUCUAAUAAAGCGACGGUUGAAUGAAGGUGUCAGCUAUUAUUUCUUAUCGUUCUUUCUGUGAUUUAGUUUGAUAAAAUGAAACGCCAAAAAUAUUAGUAUGUAAUUAGAAAACUUCGUGUGGAAUAUCGCUUUAUUGAUACGAUGUCGAAAUGACA